AUGAAGCCGCUCUUCCACCACGCGCUGAGCCCGCCUGUGCUGGGAGUGCGGCUCUGUAGCUCCUCCCCCCAACCCCAUGUGCCUCGAGUUCUGUCACCUGUGAUACCCGCGGUGGUAUCUGGAAGGCUUCUGGAGGUGGCCACUGCCUUGCUUCUGUUGGUUCAGGUGCCCAGAGGGCGGACUGAGGGGUUUGAGCAUGAUGAGGAAUUUCGAAGGAAGAUGCACCACCCACUGCUGGGGAAGGAUGUGUCAGAGGGCACCUUGCAAUGCCCAGAGUCUGGACAUCUGUUCCCCAACAGCAGCAGGAUCUCCGACAUGCUGCUGAGUGAGGAAGGCACCCAGACUUAA